AUGAUCAAAUACGUACUUUUCACCAUCGUCUUAUCCAUUCUGCUACCGUUUCUCCGCCACCUCAUGUCCUCUGCUCACGCGUACCAAUUGGAGCUCCAGGUAGCCCAGCUUGCUGUCAAAAGAGCGCUGGUGCUCACUAAGGCUCUCUCCGACCACAUUGCCACCACCCGCCAACUGGGGACCCAAAUUAAGGACGAUAAGCUGCCUGUCACCGUCGGCGACUACGCGGCGCAAGCGAUUGUCAACCAUGCUAUUAAAAAGAACUUCCCUAACGACGAGAUUGUCGGUGAAGAGGAUCUGGAGGACUUAAAGGCCGAUGCUAGUCUCAGCAAACAAGUGUUUGAAUUGAUUCAAAAAUACCAACAAAGUGAUAAAUUCAGCGAUGUUUUGGGGUCGUUGGACUCAGAAGAAGAAGUGUUCAAGUCUAUUGACUACGGUGACUCCCAAGGUGGAGCUCAAGGUCGGUUCUGGGCGUUGGACCCGAUUGACGGUACUAAAGGGUUUUUGAGAGGUGACCAGUACGCCGUAUGCUUAGCUUUGAUUGAGAACGGUAAGGUGGUUUUGGGGGUGAUUGGUGCCCCUAAUCUUCCGGCUCAUAUCAUUUCCAACACCGAACUGCUGGGUGCCAUUGGUGGUCUUUACUCUGCUGUUAAGGGUUAUGGCUCCUACGUCACCGACUUGUUCUCCGCUGACGCUCCUCCUGCGUUGGAUAAACAACGCAAGAUCGAAAUGAAGUCGACUACUGACCCGAAGAAGUUGGUGGUGUGUGAAGGUGUUGAAAAGGGACACUCAUCGCACUCCGAACAAGCCCAGAUUAAAGACAUUUUGGGUAUCCCUCAAGACUCGACCAUCAACUUGGACUCGCAAGUGAAGUACUGCGUGUUGGCCAAGGGCGAGGCCGACAUCUACUUGCGGUUGCCGAUCUCCGAUACCUACCGGGAAAAGAUCUGGGAUCACGCUGCCGGUAAUAUCUUGAUCACCGAAGCUGGUGGUCGUGUGGGCGAUAUCACUGGUACUCCUCUCGACUUCUCCAAGGGCCGCUUCUUACAAUCGCAAGGGGUGAUUGCCGCCAACUCUGCUAUCUAUGAUAAGGUGAUUGAAGCUGUUCAACAAGUGAAGAAGUGA